AUGCACAAAAUCUUGAUGGAAGAGGACAAUAGGCCAUCUAUAGAAGCUCAGCAAAGACUAAAGCCAGCCAUGAAAGAAGUGGUACUUGAGAAGAUUCUUAAAUGUUUAGAUGUUGGGAUGAUAUGCCCAAUAUCUGAUAGUGCAUGGGUGAGCCCAGUGCAAAUAGUGCCAAAGAAGGGUGGUAUGACUGUGGGAAAGAAUGAGAAGAAUGAACUGUUUCCAUCUAGAACGCUGAGAAGAUGGAGGAUUUGCAUCGAUUACCGCAAAUUGAAUAAGGAAACAUGGAAAAACCAUUUUCCCUUCCCUUUCUUGGAUCAAAUGCUUGGCAAACUAGCGUGCCAUAGCUACUACUGCUUUUUGGAUGGUUAUUUUGUAUUUAAGGAGAAGUUAAUCUCAACAUCGAUUGCUGUUGCUCCAAAUUGGGAUCUUCCAUUUGAACUGAUGUGCACCGCAAGUGAUUAUGCGGUGGGAGUAGUUUUGGGCCAACAGAUUGAUAAGGUAUUUCGGUCUAUUUACUAUGCUAGUAGGACUCCUAAUGAUGCACAAUUGAAUAAAAAAAUAAUAGAGAAAUAUCUCCUAGGAAUUGUUUAUGCCUUUGACAAGUUUAAACCAUACUUGAUUGGCAACAAGGCAAUGGUUUACAUUGACCACUUUGCAAUCAAAUAUUUGAUGACCAAGAAAGAUGCAAAACCACGUCUUAUCAGGUGGGUUUUACUGUUGCAAGAGUUUUACAUGGAGAUCUGGGAUAAAAAAGGCACUGAGAAUUUGGUAGCAUAUCACUUGUCAAGACUUGAGGUGGAAGAGAGCCAGAAUGACAAGGAAGUCCAAAUAAAUUAUCACUUUUCUGAUGAGCAUUUGUUUGGGGAACAGUUGAAGAAAUUUUACUCAGAGGUGAAGCACUACUAUUGUGAGGAGCCUAUUCUCUAUAGGCAUUGUGUAGAUCAAGUUAUUCGUCGUUGUGUGCUUGAGGAUGAAAUGCACUCAAUUCUCACCCAUUGUCACACUUUGCAAUGUGGUGGGAAUUUUGGAGCAUCAAGAACAAUAGUGAAGGUAUUGCAAAGCGGGUUCUAUUGGCCAAGCCUGUUUAAAAAUGACAAUUCUUUUGUGAAAGCUUGUGAUCGUUGCCAAUGUACUAGAAACAUAUCAAGGAGGAAUGAAAUGCCACUUAUUAUGAUCCUCGAGGUUGAGCUCUUUGAUGUUUGGGGCACUGACUUCAUGAGCCCUUUCCCAUCAUCAUUCAACAACCGGUUCAUUCUAUUAGCGGUGGAUUAUGUGUCAAAAUGGGUUGAGGCAGCUGCAACAAAAGAAAAUGAUGCUUUACUUUCUCACUAUGGAGUAUACCACCGCACUACUUUACCUUAUCACCCUCAAUCGAAUGAUCAAGCUGAAAUUUCAAACAGGGAGGUGAAAAGUAUUCUUGAAAAGACGGUGGAUAGCUCCAGAAAGAAUUGGUCCAAGAAACUUGAUGAUGCACUUUUGGCCUAUCGGACGACAUUCAAAACUCCAAUUGGGAUGUUGCCUUAUAGGUUGGUCUUUGGAAAAGUGUGUCAUUUUCUAGUUGAGUUGGAACAUCGGGCUUAUUGGGCAAUGAAGAAGCUGAAUUUUGAUGAGAAAGCUGCUGGACAGAAUAGGCUACUCCAAGUAAACGAGCUUGAUGAGUUCCAUAAUGAAGCCUAUGAGAAUGCCAAGAUCUACAAGGAAUGCACCAAGGCAUGGAACGACAAGAACUUGAUCAGAAAAGAGUUCCAACCCAGGCAACAGAUACUUCGCAUUAAUUCAAGGUUGAGACUCUUUCCAGGCAAGUUAAAAUCUAGGUGGUCUGGUCCCUAUACUGUGGUAAAGGUAUUCCCAUAUGGCUCUGUUGAAGUUGUAGGCAAGAAUGGCUCAUCGUUUAAGGUAGAUGGUCAAUGGUUGAAGCCAUACAUGGGUUGUCCGAUUGACCAAGCCAAGUUAGUGAUCCUCUUGAAGCCCCUCUGA